AUGGAUACCGGAAAGUCUUCCAUCUUGCUUCGCUUUUUUAACAAUAUCUUCUUGGACACUUACACCUGCACAAUCGGGGUUGACUUUAAGACUAAGACUCUGAAAGUUGACGAAAAGAUAAUCAAGUUAUAGAUCUGGGAUACCGCAGGUCAGGAGAGGUUCAAGUCUAUCUCAUAGUCUUACUAUCGUAAUUCUAAUGGCUGCAUAGCAGUUUAUGACAUCACUAGUCGAUCAAGUUUCGAUAGUGUAGAGGAGUAUAUCGAAAACUUUCUUGCCUAUAGCCCUAAGGAUGUAGCUUAAAACAUCAUAUUAGUUGGAAAUAAGAGUGAUAUGGCUGAGGGACGCCGCAAAGUGUCUACCGAGGAAGCUAUUGCACUGGCCGAAAGAUUAAACAUUGCUGCAGUUUUCGAGACUUCUGCUAAGGAUAAUGAAUCAAUCGAUGACCUGUUCAACCGGGCUGUUGUGAAUUGUGUAGACAUUCAGAGGAAGUUUGCAUCAACUAAUGACUCUAGAAAUUUCAGCUCUUAUACCUCUAAAGCAAGAAGCGAGAAGAUUCAAACUCAAAGGUCUUUCUUCAAUCUAGGAUCAAGAAGUGAAAAAAUUUCAAGAUUCUAAAACUAAAAUUUGGUUGAAGAUAGUGAGGAGGAGAGUUUGGAAUAGAAUGAUGCCAGUAAGUCAAGUGUAAUGUUAAAGUAAUAAUUUGAGAAGGAAAAAUGUAAUUGGGGCUGUAGUUAGAAGUAUCCACAUUUAUAUUAGAGUAAUAGAGACUAGGCAGACUAGUAGAAAUAUUAGUUAAAAGGUAAAUAAUUUCUCAGAAAGAAAGCCUGCUGUUGA